CGAGGCAACGAGCUGGCCGGACUCCUGGCUGUGGCACCGCGAGGCCGGACCGCCGAGAGGCGCGCGCCCGGAAGCGGCCGGUGGGCGGCAGCAGGGGCAUGGCGGCUUCCGUGCUGCGUGCGGGCGCGCGGGCCCUGUGCCCGCAGAUCGGGCCGCUGGGAGUGUGGCGGACCCAGCUUCGAGAAGCUCACCAGCGGGCUUCGUUGUUUGCUUUCUGGGAGCUCGUUCCCAUGAGAGCAGAACCUCUGCGGAAGAAGAAGAAGGUCGACCCUAAAAAAGACCAGGCUGCAAAGGACCGCUUGAAAAAGAGAAUCCGGAAGCUGGAGAAGGCCACCCAGGAGCUCAUUCCCAUCGAGGACUUCAUCACGCCCGUGAAGCUGUUGGAUAAGGCGAGACAGAGGCCGGAGGUGGAGCUGUCCUAUGAGGAGAGUGAGCGCAGAGCCCUGCUUCUGAAGAGAUGGUCCCAGUACAAGCAGCAGGAACACGCGCUGGAAAGGGACGCCAUCAAGGCCAUGUGCCAGGCCCAGCAGGAAGCCCUGCGGGAGCUGCAGCUUGAGUCCCCGGAGCUCUACAGUGAGGCCAUCAAGCGGGACCCCAGCCUGUUUCCCUUUGAGAAAGAAGGACCCCACUACACACCACCAGUCCCCGGCUACCAGCCCCCUGAGGGCAGGUACAAUGACAUCACCAAGGUGUACACACAAGUAGAGUUCAAGAGAUAGAGCUGCAGGCAGCUCGACACGCCCCACUCCAUGGGGUCAGGACAAUCUGAUUCAAGUUCUCCAUAGAAUUAUGCGCUGCUGAUGAAUAAAAGUUCAGUCCGGUA